AUGGACGACAUCGAGUCGCUCUUCUCGUCGCGGCCGUCGGCGCGCGCAGGCUACGGCCGCCCCGGCGCGCCCGACGAUGAGGAGCCAUCGCAUGUACUGUUCGGGCAGGACGAUAUGGAUUUGCUCGGCGACGAUGUGCCUGUGCAGCCGACGCGCACAACGGCGUCGCGUGGUUGGGACGACGACCUGACGCGCUCGUCGUCGCGCGCGGGUCCCUCCAAGACCGAGAGCCUCUUUGGCGACGAGCGCGCCGAGGCGUGGGAUGGCGGCUAUGAUGACGAGAUCCGCCUGCGUCCGAUGGGCUCGAGCAAGACGAUCGAGGCCGACGACGAGCCGGACGCGGAGUUUUACGCGCCGAGCACGAGCGCCCCCCGCCGGCGGCCGGCACGCGCCAAGCCGCCCCCGCCAGCGCCAAAAGGGCCGCCAUCGAUUGCGUCGAUGCUGCUACAGGAUGCACACUGGCAGAUCAAGUCGUUGCGGCAGCGCAUCGCGCGCCAGAUCCUCGCGCUUCAAGGCAAGAAUACCGCGCAGGCGAACCGCUCGAUCGCGCUGAAUGAUCCGCCGGUGAAUGCGGGCCACCUGCACUACAGCAGCAACCAGGUGAUGACGAACAAGUACAAUGUCGUCACGUUUCUCCCCCUCUUUCUGUUUGAGCAGUUUACCAAGUACGCCAACGUCUUUUUCCUGUUCAUCGGAUGCCUGCAGCAGAUUCCCGGCGUGUCUCCGACGAACCGCUGGACGACGCUUGUGCCGCUCGCGAUCGUGCUGCUGGCCAGUGCGCUGAAAGAAGUGUCGGAAGACUGGCGGCGGUACAAGGCCGACGCGGAAAUGAAUGCGCGCCUUGUCCCGGUGCUCGACGCAAAGAGCGAGACGUGGGUGCCCCGCGCAUGGCGCGACGUGUGCGUCGGCGACGUGGUCCGUGUCAAGCGCGACGAGUUCUUCCCCGCGGACCUCGUUUUGCUCAGCUCGUCCGAGCCGGAAGGCCUUGCGUACGUCGAGACGGCGAAUCUCGACGGCGAGACAAACCUCAAGGUGAAGCAGGCGCUGCCAGCGACGGCCAAGCUGCUUACCGCCGCAGCCGUGAGCCGUCUGCAAGGUACACUCGAGUGCGAGUCGCCGAACAACUCACUGUACACAUUUGACGGCACGCUCAAGCUUGCGGGCCGCCCCCCGCUGCCGGUCGGCCCCGACCAGAUGCUCCUGCGUGGCGCACAGCUGCGCAAUGCGCCGUGGGCGUACGGCCUUGCGGUCUUUACCGGGCACGAUACCAAGCUCUUGCAGAACGCGACGAGCACGCCGCUGAAGCGCACCAAGGUCGAGAAGCAGGUCAACUCGUUGAUUUUAUCGCUUUUCGUCCUGCUUAUUGCGCUCUCGAUCUUUUGCUCGAUCGGGGCGAUGCUUGCAGAGCGCAACUCGGCCACCACGGCCAUGUACCUGCGCCCCGACAUGGACGAGCGCGGCGGCGCACGCAAGUUUGUCGAGUCGGUGAUCACCUUUAUUAUUUUGUACAACAGUCUGAUCCCGAUUUCGCUGAUUGUGUCGAUGGACGUCGUCAAGUUCCAGCUCGCAUCGCUGAUCAACUCGGACCUGGAUAUGUACUACGAAAAGACGGAUACGCCCGCGCUGUGCCGCCGCUCAAACCUGGUCGAGGACCUGGGGCAGGUGGACUACAUCUUUAGCGACAAGACCGGCACGCUCACGCGCAACGAGAUGGAGUUUAAGCAGGCCAGCAUUGCCGGCGUCACGUUUGCCGACAGGCCCGCAGAAGUGCACGUCGACGACGAGUACCAAGGGAGCCGCCUAGUCGCCGGGCAGCGCACCUGGUCGCAGCUCCCCUCGAUCCUGAGCGACGACACGGACGGCCUGCGCGGUGCCUGCGACGAGUUCCUUACGAUCCUCGCCGUGUGCCAUACGGUGAUCCCCGAGCGCCGGGGCGACAAGGUAGUCUUUCAAGCCUCGUCCCCGGACGAAGCCGCGCUUGUCGCCGGCGCCGAGGCCCUGGGCUACCAGUUUGUCACGCGCAAGCCUCAGAGCGUGUAUGUCGACGUGCAUGGCACCACGCGCGAGUACGGCAUCCUGCAAGUGUGCGAGUUUAACUCGACACGCAAGCGCAUGUCGACCGUGGUGCGCCAGCCGAACGGGCGCAUCACGCUCUUUUGCAAAGGCGCCGACACGGUGAUCCUCCCGCGGCUCGCAGCCGGCCAGGCAUACACCGAUGCGACGCUUGCGCACCUCGAGGAGUACGCGGCCGAGGGCCUGCGUACGCUAUGCAUUGCCAAGAAGGAGCUGCGCGAGGAGGAGUACAAGGCGUGGGCCAAGACCUACGAAGAGGCCGCGGCGCGUCUCGACGGGCGUGCGGCUGCGCUCGACGAGGCGGCUGCGGCGAUCGAGACGGACCUGACACUCGUCGGUGCUACGGCGAUCGAGGACAAGCUGCAAGAAGGCGUGCCCGAGACGAUUGCCACGCUCCAGAGUGCUGGCAUCAAGGUGUGGGUGCUUACCGGCGACCGCCAGGAAACGGCGAUCAACAUUGGCUACUCGUGCCGCCUGAUUUCCGAGUCGAUGAGCCUGCUGAUUGUCAACGAGGCGACCGCCGCGGAUACAGCGGCCGUCAUUCGGCAGCAGCUCGACACCGUGCAAGGCCAGGCCGGCGAGGCGGUGCAGGAAGAGCUGGCGCUCGUCGUCGAAGGGCGGAGCUUGCAGCAUGCGCUGCAUGCGGACCUUGCGCCGCUCUUUCUCGAGCUUGCGUCGUCGUGCAAGGCGGUGGUGUGCUGCCGUGUGUCGCCGCUGCAGAAAGCGCUGGUCGUCGAGCUGGUCAAGGCGUACACGCCGUCGGUCCUGCUUGCGAUCGGCGACGGUGCAAACGACGUGGGGAUGAUCCAGGCGGCGCACAUUGGCGUCGGUAUCUCGGGCCUCGAAGGUCUCCAAGCCGCGCGCAGCGCCGACGUGGCCAUUGCGCAGUUCCGCUAUCUGAAGAAGCUGCUGCUCGUGCACGGCAACUGGAGCUAUGCGCGCCUGAGCAAGAUGGUCCUCUACUCGUUCUACAAGACCGUGACGCUGUACCUGACGCUCUUUUGGUUCUCGUUCUACAACCGCUUUUCCGGGCAGACGGCGUACGAGAGCUGGUCGCAGUCCUUUUACAAUGUCGUGUUUACCGUCAUGCCGACGCUCGUGCUGGGCAUCUUUGACCAGUACGUGAGCGCCGUGAUGCUGGAGCGGUAUCCCCAGCUGUACCGCCAGGCGUUCUUUACCGGGCGCGACAUUGGGGGGUGGAUGGUGAAUGCCGUGUACCACUCGAUCACCAACUUUUUCUUUGUCACGUACGCCUUUUACGAUACGACGAUGGAGCGCAGCGGCAUGCCGGGCUACCAGUGGAUCUGGGGCACGACGCUCUACUUUACCGUCCUGGUCACGGUGCUCGGCAAGGCGGCGAUCGUCUCAAAUCUGUGGACGCGCUACACGCUGAUGGCCAUCCCGGGCUCGUUUGGCGUGACGCUCGUCUUUUUUGUGGUGUUUGCAACGGUCGCACCCGCGCUCGGCGUCUCGCUCGAGUACUACCAGAUCGUGCCGCGCCUGUUGGGUCUCCCGCUGUUCUGGGUCCUGCUGGUGUUUGUGCCGAUAUUUUCGCUGCUGCGCGACAUGCUCUGGCGGUUCUGGCAGCGGACGUACAUGCCGCGGUCGUACCACAUUGUGCAAGAGAUGCAAAAGUACAACCUGCAAGAUAUCUACCCCCGCGCCGACGAGUUCCAGAAGAACAUUCGCAAGGUGCGGGCCGUGCAGCGUGUGCGCCGCUCGCGUGGCUAUGCCUUUUCACAGACCGAGGGCGACCAAGCGCAUCUCAUCCGGCAGUAUGACACGACGCAGGCGCGUCCCGAGGGUCUGUAG